AUGUUGAUCAGUGGAAUGUUUAAGAUAGUUGUUAGUGGUUGUCUUUGGUUAUUGCUUAGCUGUAGUUUAAGCUAUGGUACUGAGACUGAUAUUGCUUGCUUGAAGAGUAUAAAAGCGUCUGUUAUAGACACUCGUAAUUACUUGAACUCUUCAUGGAACUUUGACAACACUACUGAAGGAUUCAUUUGUACCUUUUUGGGGGUUGAAUGUUGGCAUCCGGAGGAGAAUAGGGUCUUGAAUAUCCGACUUUCGGAUAUGGGUCUCAAGGGCAGGUUCCCUAUUGGCCUUCAAAAUUGCACGAGCAUUACGGGCAUAGACCUCUCCAGCAAUGAGCUCUUUGGAUCUAUUCCACAAAAUAUCUCUAAUAUAACUCAUUUUGCCACGUCUCUCGAUCUCUCUUCCAACAAUUUCUCAGGGGAAAUUCCACGGGGCCUUGCAAACUGUACCUUUUUGAAUGUCCUUAAACUCGACCACAACCGGUUGACAGGCCAGAUUCCUGCAGAACUUGGGUCGCUACAUCGCUUGAAAGAAUUUAGUGUAGCUAAUAAUCUUCUGUCUGGGCCAAUCCCAAGUUCUUUUAAUGUCAAUAUCUUUUCAGUAGAUAAUUUUGCAAACAAUCCAGGACUCUGUGGGAAGCCUUUUGACUCUUGCCUACCCACUUCAAAGAAAACCAACACUGGAAUUAUUGCUGGAGCAGCAAUUGGCGGGGUUACUAUUGCAGCAAUAGGUGUCUCUAUUGGUAUGUUCUUUUAUUACCGUAAAAUGUCUGUGACAAGGAAGAUGAAGAAGGAUGAUGAUCCUGAGGGAAAUAAAUGGGCUAAGAGUUUAAAGGGAGUAAAAGGCACGAAGGUUUCCAUGUUUGAGAAAUCAAUAUCUAAAAUGAGAUUAAGUGACCUUUUAAAGGCCACCAACAACUUCAACAAAGAGAAUAUCAUCGGGUCAGGGAGAACAGGUUCUGUAUACAAAGCAGUACUAGAGGAUGGAACUCCUUUUAUGGUUAAGAGGUUGCAGGAUUCUCAGCACUCAGAAAAGGAAUUUUUGUCUGAGAUGGCUACUCUGGGGAGUGUGAAACAUCCCAAUUUGGUUCCUCUUUUAGGUUUCUGUGUGGCGAAUAAGGAAAGGCUUUUGGUUUAUAAGCACAUGUCAAAUGGCACUCUUCAUGAUCACAUACAUAUUGCAGAUGAAAUCAGGAAGCCAAUGGAAUGGCAUUUGAGACUCAAAAUUGGCAUAAGGGCAGCGAAAGGAUUUGCUUGGCUCCAUCAUAACUGUAACCCUCGCAUCAUCCACCGAAAUAUUAGCUCUAAGUGCAUCUUGUUGGAUGCUGAUUUUGAACCGAAAAUUUCUGAUUUUGGACUUGCCAGGCUAAUGAAUCCUAUUGAUACGCAUUUGAGUACAUUUGUGAAUGGAGAAUUUGGGGAUUUGGGUUAUGUUGCUCCAGAGUAUACAAGAACUCUGGUAGCCACUCCAAAAGGGGAUGUCUUCAGCUUUGGAAUUGUGCUUCUCGAGCUGGUGACCGGGGAGAAACCUACCCAUGUGGCUAAAGCUCCUGAAAGCUUCAAGGGAAAUCUGGCUGAAUGGAUCAUUCAGCUGUCAAGCAACUCUCAACUUCAUGAUGCUGUAGACAAAUUUUUGGUUGGGAAGGGUGUUGAUAAUGAGAUUUUCCAAUUCCUUAAAGUUGCAUGCAGUUGCGUGUUGCCAACUGCCAAGGAGAGGCCCACUAUGUUUGAAGUAUACCAGCUUUUAAGGGCUAUUGGGGAGAAAUACCAUUUUACAACUGAUGAUGAGAUUCUAAUGCCUUCAGAUACUGGUGACACUGAUUAUAUGGAGGAACUUAUUGUUGCUCGAGAAGUAAAGGAGAAUAAUUAA